AUGCUUGAGGAUGCUGGUGUUGUGAAAUCCGGGGAAGGGGCGUUUUGGAGGGAUAUGGUUAAUAAAAGUGCUAAGGGGAUGGAGGAGGCUUGUCUUGGGAGUGGGAGGGUGUGGAUUUCUGGUCCUGAGAGUAGCUUUGAGGGGGAUCCAGAUGCGAGGUUCGAUGAUAAGGAGGUUAGGUCUAUUAGGAAGUUAGAGCAGAAUGAGGCGUUUUUGAGCAUGCAGGCACUUAUGGGUAAUGGGACGGGGAAGGAGAAGGAGAGGAAGGGCGUGUCUGGUGAGGAGAGUGUUGGGGAGAGACCGUUUUAUGUGUCUAAUCCGUUUUUCAGCCGGAUGGGUGAGAUGAAGCAUUGA